GCGCCACGUUUCGUACAAUUUCGGUACCAGACAGACGUACAUAAAUAGGUCGUGAGCUGAGUUGAGCUAUGAGAAGUGAGAAGAACUUCUGCAGACUGCAUGCUGUCGAUGUUUUUGUGAUUCGCUACGCUAGUCUCAGCCCUCAUUUGAGUGACGGAGUAUUAAAGUAAACAACCUCAUUUUCCGAGAUGGAUGAGAAGACGCCAAUCUUUGCUGCACCCCCGGGACAAGAGACGGCAACGUCAUCCUUGGGAAGUCCCUCCUCAUCACAUGCUGUAUACCAUGAUUCCACGCAAACUCCUCGCUCAAAAUUGCUUAUGAUAGGAACAGUUGCAGUCAUCACACUUUUGGUUCUCAUUGCUUUGAUUCUGUGCAUAUACCGCGGUGCUUCGACCGGCAAACAAGGCUUCCUCUACUUCCUGGUUGGUGCUAGUCUUCUUGGAUUUAUUGCAGUGGAGGCCUUCAUAUUCCGAUUCCUACAGUCUGGCGACCUGGCCAAGGAGAAAUCCUGGUUCCUGUACUUCAUGGGUUUCUGCACGUUCGUUGAAGCUGUCCUUGUGUCGGUCAUCGUCAUGAAUUGAAUGCAAGAUAAGAACACUCAUGAAGAGUCCUUCACAAGUCAAUCACAAGUCUGGUCACCGUAAAUCCAUCAGCCGCUCACAAGUAAUUAAGGGAUGAACAAUAACAGUGCCUAUGUAACAGUUCAUUUGAAUAGACCAUUAUCAUGUUGCGGCCAUCUUGAUUUUUGCCCAUUCAAGUCAACGUAACCAAAGCGAGGCUGGAAGAAAAAAUAGUCUGGUUCCUGUUUGCACAAAAAACAUUAUCAUUCAGUACUGUUAUUGGAUACAGGGAGCAUGACUGAAAUGGUGGCAGCAUGAUAGAGGUCUAUAGCUGCGGACUUGCUAUGGGACAGGUGGGCUUGUGAUUGACUUGUUAUUGACAGACUUGAUUACAACACAUCAGAUAACAACUGUUAUGAUGAGGUGUCUUUUUGGCCUGUAUAUAUACUUUUUUGGGGGGGUGGAGAUCGAAUCACCAUUCCUGUUUGGUUAUGACUUUCAUAAAUCAGCUGAUAUAUUUUUUUUGUGUCAAUUGAUAAAUAUUUAUGAUUCCGGUUAUUAUUUCAUGGCAAAGUUGUUGUCACAGUUCAAUGGCAAGUCAUCCUUAGGGCUGUGCAUCGGAACCAGGUACCCGAGUACCCGACCGCUGAUGUCAGGAACCAGUUCCAGAUUACGGAAUCGGGUACCCAUAAUUAACUUUACAUAUUACUUAGUAACUUCUAAGACAAUGAAAAAGAAAGGUUUGGAAUUUAAAUUUUGGGGUUGUGUUUCUUUAACGAUACCCAAGGUGUUUUUUUUAGUCGAUUCCCGUACUUCCCAUAAAUCCACACCCCUAGUCAUCCUGCCUUAUGUCUAGUAAAAAUGAUUAGAUUGAACUUUGACAAAUGCAUCUCUUAUCACUGUUAAUCCCUUAUUGCUAGUGAACUUACAUGUAAAUGUUCCAUGAAAUAUUUUUUUCCCCCAAACAUACAAACAUAGACAGAACACAAAAGGAUGCGAACAGAGCACACAUGUUAUUUAAUGAAGUGCACUUUUUAUUAUACAAAAAUAUAACCAGAAAUAUUGACA